AUGCGCCGACGCGAGCUGGUUGCACAGUUGGAGGAACCAGAGAGGUUUGACAAGGAUGUGAUCCACUGCAGGAACAUUUCGUCACUGGGAAACGGCGUUCUUCUCGUCCUCGGUAUCACCGGUCUCAUCGUCUCUUCAGUCAGCUACACCCGCGGCGUGACUAAAACAUCGGUAGAGUUGGCACAUUGCAUUGUGUCUUCAGUGUUUCUGCCUCUACUUAUUUUGGCAACCUAUUUCAUCCUGAGUCUCAAACCGGGUAAAAGCGUGCUUCUUAGGCUCGUUUACGUGGUUGUCACGAUAUCUCUUUACGGCAUUAAGUCACUGGUAUUUGGUGUCCUGCUAGCGAGGGAAAUUAGCCAAGACCAAGGCUGGAGCAGCCAGAAGAUGAGUUUGAGGCAUGGGCCGCCCAUUGUCAGUCUCGUCACGGUGUUCGCCGCAGCGUUUGCGGUUUAUCUCCUUCAUGCGCUGGCAUAUACACUCCCUGACCAGUCGGCACCGGGUCUUCGAGGCGAUCCGCAGCCCAACGUUAUGCGGGCGGAGGAGAAAGGCGUUUUCAGUCAACGGGCCCAGGCCUGA